UACAAUAAUGUCCUUCAGAAGAUCUUCCCUCCGUAUGGCCAAGAUGGCCUCUGCUGCUGCCUCCAAGCAGAUUGCUUCUAAGAGAGCCAUGUCUGCUUUGGCUUCUGCUGCUAAGCCUGUUGUUUCCAAGCAAUCGAUGGCCCCACUCGCUGUCCGUGGUAUCAAGACCAUCAACUUUGGUGGCACUGAAGAAGUUGUCCAUGAAAGAGCCGACUGGCCAAGAGAAAAGUUGUUGGAAUACUUCAAGAACGACACCUUAGCCUUGAUUGGUUACGGUUCUCAAGGUUACGGCCAAGGUUUGAACUUGAGAGACAACGGUUUGAACGUCAUCAUUGGUGUCAGAAAGAACGGUGCCUCUUGGAAGGCUGCCAUUGAAGAUGGCUGGGUUCCAGGUGAAAACUUGUUUGACGUCAACGAAGCUAUUUCCAAGGGUACCUACAUCAUGAACUUGCUUUCUGAUGCUGCUCAAUCUGAAACUUGGGCUUCUAUCAAGCCUCAGCUUACCGAAGGCAAGACUUUGUACUUCUCUCACGGUUUCUCUCCAGUUUUCAAGGAAUUGACCCAUGUUGAACCUCCAACCAACAUUGAUGUUAUCUUGGCUGCUCCAAAGGGUUCCGGUAGAACCGUCAGAUCCUUGUUCAAGGAAGGUAGAGGUAUCAACUCUUCUUACGCUGUGUGGAACGACGUCACUGGUAAGGCCGAAGAAAAGGCUAUUGCCUUGGCUGUUGCCAUUGGUUCCGGUUACGUUUACCAAACCACUUUUGAAAGAGAAGUCAACUCUGACUUGUACGGUGAAAGAGGUUGUUUGAUGGGUGGUAUCCACGGUAUGUUCUUGGCUCAAUACGAAGUUUUGAGAGAAAACGGACACACUCCAUCUGAAGCUUUCAACGAAACUGUCGAAGAAGCCACCCAAUCUUUGUACCCAUUGAUUGGUAAGUACGGUAUGGACUACAUGUACGAUGCUUGUUCUACCACUGCCAGAAGAGGUGCUUUGGACUGGUACCCAAGAUUCAAGGAUGCCUUGAAGCCAGUCUUCAACGACUUGUACGAAUCGGUCAAGAACGGUUCCGAAACUCAGAGAUCCUUAGACUUCAACUCUCAACCUGACUACAGAGAAAAGUUGGAAGAAGAAUUGCAAGUCAUCAGAAACAUGGAAAUCUGGAGAGUUGGUAAGGAAGUCAGAAAGUUGCGUCCAGAAAACCAAUAAGCCUACCAUCUACGUGUAUUUAUUGCGACUAAUGAUGUUUCAUGAUAGUCUCGAAUGACUUAAUGAGGUUCAUUUACUACUAAUAUCACCAUUUUCAAUUCUCUCUUUUUAUAUAUAUUGAUAACGUCUUUUACUGGCCUUGGUUACUCAAAACUCUAUUAUUGCAUAUCGGAACACUCUGUUUGUUGAAUAAACAUGUUCUAUAAUC